GCAGUUGGUCUGCCAACUGCCAUACCUACCUUUGGUUUUUAGUGCCACAGAAGACCAUCCAGGGAAAGGGUCUCCAUUUCAGCCUCCAGUGUAAAGGGCUUGACAACCCUUAUUAUAUCAUAAUGAGCAACCAUCAAGAAACUUCUGGACCACAUGAAUCAGAAAACUUGGUGGAUGUUCUCAACCUGCCAGAUGCAGAGAAGAAAACAGUUAACAAAAAACAGCCUUUCAUAACUCGAGUAUUCCACAAGGCCUCGGUGCCCCACCAGGACAAAGUUUGCACAUCCCUGCCAGUUACUAAGAGAGGAAUACUUUUUGGAAAUGAUCUCUCUGUUGUUUGUGAUGAUGGAAAUCUUCCUAAAGCAAUUCUGGAUAUGCUCUCCCUUCUCAACGAGAAAGGACCAAUCACUGAAGGCAUCUUCAGGAUAUCAGGCAAUAUGUCAGCAUGCCACGCCCUAAAAGAAAGGCUGGAUUAUGGACAAAAGGUGAAUCUGAAAAAGGAAUGUGUUCUCGCUGUGGCAUCUGUCUUAAAGGAGUUUCUUCAUAAUAUACAAGGAAGUGUGCUGACUUCUAGACUGUAUGAUAUAUGGCUUGAUGUUCUUGACCAAGAAAAUGAAGAGGAGAAACUAGCUGCAGUGCAGAGUCUUUUACAGCGUCUGCCUUACCCAAAUGUCAGUCUCUUGAGAGAACUUUUCCGAAUGCUACACAAGAUAGGAAGAAAUUCUGCAGUUAACAAAAUGACUGCUUAUAGUCUAUCUGUUUGCAUGGCCCCAUGUAUCCUAUGUCUGCCUCGUUCCUGCAACUCGGGAUUAGCAAAUGAUAUCUCCAAUGAGAUUUCCCUUGUAAAAUUUCUCAUCGAAAAUAGUCUGAAAAUAUUUGGAGAAGGCAUGGUUUUACAUUAUGAUGUGAGUUCAGUGUCUUGCCCUGAUGUGGAGAAAGCAUCAGGUCCCCUAAACAAUAUAACUAACUUUGAUGAGAUGAAGGAUAAGGAAUAUCAAGACAACCACUGUCAAAGUGGGAUGACAUGCCCUCCAGGCAACAAUUUGGUGCCCAUGAGUCCAACUGAUCCUCUUCACAAUGAGGGGACUAUAGCUUCUGAAAAACCUGUCAAAAGAUAUUUUAUAAAGCCAAUGAUUACCUGUGGCUCUACUACCAGCCAUGACAAUGUGUGUAUAACCCCAUCCCCAUCAGCACCAAACAAGGGACACCUCUUUGGAAAGUCUCUCACCAGUAUCUGUAAGGAUGGUAAUCUGCCUGCUCCAAUUUUGGACAUGCUCUCUAUCAUCGAUGCAAAAGGACCAGACACAGAGAGAAUAUUCAGAACAAUAGCUAAUAAAUCAUACCUCACCUUAAGAGAAAAGCUUGACUCUGCAGAGGAAAUGAACUUGAGAGAGGAAUCUGUUUAUAUCGUAGCAUCUGUCUUAAAGGAAUUUAUUAGGAAUAUUCCAGGAAGCUUACUUUGUUCUAAUCUGUAUGGAAAAUGGCUUGCUGUCCUUGAUCAAGAAUUCCAUGAUCAAAAGAUUUCUGCUAUCCAAAGUCUUUUAAUACAGAUGCCAUUACCAAAUGUUCUCCUUUUGAGACACCUUCUCUCUGUGCUACACAAGAUUAAAGGUCGGUCUUCUAUUACUCACAUGACUGCUUACGCUUUAUCAGUUCGCAUAGCUCCAAGUAUGCUUUGGAAUCCUUCUCUCUCCAACUCAGGGUUCGGGAAUGAUAUCUCACAAAAGAUUUCAGUUGUUGAAAUUCUCAUUGAGAGCUUUCUGGAGAUAUUUGUAGAAGAUGCCACCGUGUUUUAUGGAGAGUUCCCAAAGAGUUGCAGUGACAUAGAAAAAGCUUUAGCUUCCUUGAAUAAUGGUGCUGAGUCUAAUAAAAUGAGGAAUGCCAGAGGUGACAGUAAAGGCAGCUGUCAUAUUGAAAAGACACACCUCCCCAAAAAAUGAUGAAGAGGAUCUAUCUGCUUCUCCCCAGGCAGAAGAUCUCAGAGAAACGACUGCAGAAGGAGACUGACAAGCAGCACCCGGAUUGGAGAAAUAGCUUCUGGACGGAGAAUUUUUUUCUCAGCAACUGAAUACUUGAAUCCCCAGGACUACAUUGAAUUACUAUUUCUCCUUCACUUUAUUGAUUAUUCCACUAAGACCACUUUUUUAUUAUUUAAUAUAACCAGCUUUGUCAGCAUUUGAAGGAAUUUGUUUGGAUUUUCUGCUUCUGUCCAGAAAUGAGAAUCCCACCCCCAAAUAACAUGCCUCUGUCAACCAAUAGAGGCAUCGGGCUGAUUCUCUUAGAUUGUGAACUUGAGCGUUAAGUAAGCACUUCUCAGGUCCCAGCUCAUUCCUUCUGAAUGUGUCAUGUCCCCUCCCACUUAUACCUCUGAAAAGCUUAUUAAUAAACAGUACUUCUGUUUCUCCGUUUUAUCAUACUGUAUUAAUUACAAAUAAUAAUCUUCACUUAUAUUCAUUGUUUUAUGUUCUAGACUAUGCUUAUUUUGUAAUAAUAAA